ACAAUUUGUAUGGUAUUUGGUUUGUUAAUAAUUUUCUUGGAUGGCACUCUUAUGAAAAUAUGAUUCGUGAAAUUUGUAAAGUUACAGGAAUAUCAAUACACUUAAGGAAAAUCACAAACCAUUCAUUACGCCGUACUGCUAUUCAGAUUCUUACUGAAUUAAAUGUUGCUACCGAUCGUAUAAUGCCUUUUUCAGGACAUCGUACUCUUAAUGGUGUAAUGUCUUACCAAACUUUUACGCCACAAGUAAUGCAUAAUACGGUGUUUUUAAUUAUUCCAGAUCGCAAUUCUUCUGAAUUCAACAAUAACGAUAAGAAAGAAGAUCACAAUAAAGAAUAUUCUAGUAAUCAGAAAGAAAGCCAUUAUAAAGAUUAUGGUAAUAAGGAAGAAAGUCAUAAUGAUGGCAAUAAAAAUGAGGAUGCAAAUAAAAAAAAAAAAAUUCCCUUAGCUCCAUUACCAUCAAAUGUAGAAUCGAAUUCUCAUAAUUCUAGAAAAAAGCGCAAGGUUCUCAAAACUCCACACGACUGGUCUAAACCUUUUAAAAUUCCAUAUCGCACUUCCUCAAAACAAACAAGCCCCGCAUUACAAGAAAGUAAUAAUAAAGAUCAUAACAAGCCUUUAAAUAAUAGUGUAAUGCCCCAAAUUAACAUUAAUAACUGUAAAAAUAUUAGUGUUGAUAUCACGAUUAAACAUUCUUAA